GCGCAGGCGCGGGGGCGGGCUCGCGGGCGGUGUCGCGCGCCGGGCAGUUCGCGCGGGAGCCGGGCGCAGGGGCGCCGGGGCUGCAGGUCAGUGGGAACGGAAGCGCUUGCGGGGCGAAGGGGAAGCUAGGAUGGCGACUCCGAGUAGGAAGACGUCGACCCCAAGCUCCCUGGCCUCCAAGAGAGCUCUCCCGAGAGACCCCUCGUCGGAGGUCCCGAGCAAAAGAAAGAGCUCGGCCCCGCCGGCGCCGCCGCCACUGCCGCUGCAGUCGUCCAGGCCUUUCGUGGAAGGCUCGAUCGUCCGUAUCGUGAUGGAGAACUUCUUGACGUAUGAUGUCUGUGAAGUAUCUCCCGGACCUCACUUGAAUAUGAUUAUUGGAGCUAAUGGGACAGGAAAGUCGAGCAUCGUGUGUGCCAUUUGUCUUGGGUUGGCAGGCAAACCCGCUUUCAUGGGACGGGCAGACAAGGUUGGCUUUUUUGUGAAGAGAGGAUGUUCCAAAGGAAUGGUUGAAAUUGAAUUGUUCAGAAAUUCUGGAAAUCUUACCAUCACCCGUGAAAUUGACGUGGCAAAAAAUCAGUCAUCUUGGUUCAUCAACAAAAAACCUACAACCCAGAAAGUGGUGGAAGAGCAAGUUGCAGCCUUAAAUAUUCAAGUGGGCAAUCUUUGCCAAUUUCUACCUCAGGAUAAAGUUGGAGAAUUUGCUAAACUGAGUAAAAUUGAACUCCUUGAAGCUACUGAGAAGUCCAUUGGACCUCCAGAAAUGCACAGAUACCACUGUGAACUCAAAAACUUCAGGGAGAAAGAAAAACAACUAGAGACCUCGUGCAAAGAGAAAACUGAAUAUCUAGAGAAAAUGAUUCAGAGGAAUGAAAGAUAUAAACAAGAUGUGGAGAGAUUCUAUGAACGUAAGCGACAUUUAGAUUUGAUCGAGAUGCUUGAAGCGAAAAGACCAUGGGUGGAAUAUGAAAAUGUCCGUCAGGAGUAUGAAGAAGUAAAGCUAGCUCGAGACCGAGUGAAGGAAGAGGUCAGAAAACUUAAAGAAGGGCAGAUCCCUAUGACACGUCGAAUUGAAGAAAUUGAGAGGCAGCGUCACAGUUUGGAGGCUCGAAUCAAAGAGAAGGCAACAGAUAUUAAAGAGACAUCUCAAAAAUGCAAACAAAAGCAAGAUAUUAUAGAAAGGAAAGAUAAACAGAUUGAGGAACUGCAGCAGGCUUUAACAGUAAAACAGAAUGAAGAACACGAUCGCCAGAGGAGGAUAAGUAACACUCGGAAGAUGAUCGAAGAUUUGCAAAAUGAACUGAAGACCGCAGAAAACUGUGAGAAUCUUCAGCCCCAAAUUGAUGCCAUCACAAAUGAUUUGAGACGAAUUCAAGAUGAAAAGGUAUCAUGUGAAGGCGAGGUGAUCGAUAAGCGAGGAGAGAAGGAAACCCUAGAGAAGGAGAAAAAGAGCGUGGGUGAUAAUAUUGUACGAUUUGACAAUCUCAUGAAUCAAAAGGAAGAUAAGCUGAGACAGAGAUACCGUGACACAUAUGAUGCUGUUUUAUGGCUAAGAAAUAACCGGGACAAAUUUAAGCAAAGGGUCUGUGAACCUAUAAUGCUCACGAUCAAUAUGAAAGAUAAUAAAAAUGCCAAAUAUAUUGAAAAUCAUAUUUCAUCAAAUGACUUAAGAGCUUUUGUAUUUGAAAGUCAAGAAGAUAUGGAAGUUUUCCUCAAAGAGAUUCGUGACAAUAAAAAAUUAAGAGUAAAUGCUGUUAUUGCUCCCAAGAGUUCAUAUGCAGACAAAGCCCCUUCAAGAUCUCUGAAUGACCUCAAACAGUAUGGGUUUUUCUCUUACUUGCGAGAGUUAUUUGAUGCACCUGAUCCCGUCAUGAGCUUUCUUUGCUGCCAUUAUCAUAUUCAUGAAGUUCCUGUAGGAACUGAAAGGACCAGAGAAAAAAUUGAACGGGUAAUACAAGAAACCCGGUUAAAACAAAUGUACACAGCAGAAGAAAAGUACGUAGUGAAAACUUCCUUUUAUUCAAACAAAGUUAUUUCUAGCAACACAUCCCUGAAAGUAGCCCAGUUUCUCACAGUCACCGUGGACCUAGAGCAAAGAAGACACUUAGAAGAACAGCUAAAGGAAAUUAAUAGAAAACUGCAAGCCGUGGAAGCAGGGCUGAUUGCCCUGUAUGAGAGAAACAAGCAUCUAGAACACAAAGACAAUGAACUUAGACAGAAGAAGAAGGAGCUUCUUGAAAGGAAAACCAAGAAAAGACAACUGGAGCAAAAAAUUAGUUCCAAACUAGGAAGUUUAAAGAUGAUGGAACAGGAUACUUGCAACCUUGAGGAGGAAGAGCGAAAAGCAAGUACCAAAAUCAAGGAAAUCAAUGUUCAAAAAGCAAAACUUGUUACUGAAUUAACAAACUUUGUAAAGAUUUGUACUUCUUUGCAUAUACAAAAAGUUGAUUUAAUUCUUCAAAAUACUACAGUGAUCUCUGAGAAGAACAAAUUAGAAUCAGAUUACAUGGCUGCUUCAUCACAGCUCCGUCUCACAGAGCAACAUUUCAUUGAGCUGGAUGAAAGCAGACAGAGAUUACUGCAGAAAUGCAAGGAGCUGAUGAAGAGAGCUAGGCAAGUAUGUAACCUGGGCGCAGAGCAGACGGUUCCUCAAGAAUACCAGACACAAGUACCCACCAUUCCAAAUGGACACAACUCCUCACCCCCCAUGGCUUUCCAGGAUCUUCCAAACACGUUGGAUGAAAUUGAUGCUUUAUUAACUGAAGAAAGAUCAAGAGCUUCUUGCUUCACAGGACUGAAUCCCACAGUCGUUGAGGAAUACACAAAAAGAGAAGAAGAAAUAGAGCAAUUAACCGAGGAACUAAAGAUAAAGAAAGUUGAACUGGAUAAAUACAGGGAAAACAUUUCACAGGUAAAAGAAAGGUGGCUUAAUCCUUUAAAAGAGCUCGUAGAAAAAAUUAAUGAAAAAUUCAGCAAUUUUUUUAGUUCCAUGCAGUGUGCUGGUGAAGUUGAUCUGCAUACAGAAAAUGAGGAGGACUAUGAUAAGUACGGCAUCCGGAUUCGAGUCAAGUUCCGCAGCAGCACGCAGCUGCAUGAGUUAACUCCACACCACCAGAGCGGGGGUGAAAGAAGCGUGUCCACUAUGUUGUACUUGAUGGCCCUUCAGGAACUCAAUCGAUGUCCGUUCAGAGUAGUUGAUGAGAUCAAUCAGGGAAUGGACCCGAUCAAUGAACGGAGAGUGUUUGAAAUGGUUGUAAAUACUGCUUGUAAAGAAAAUACAUCUCAGUACUUCUUUAUUACACCAAAGCUCCUGCAGAAUCUUCCUUAUUCUGAAAAGAUGACUGUGUUGUUUGUCUACAACGGUCCUCAUAUGUUGGAACCUAACAGGUGGAACCUAAAGGCUUUCCAGAGGCGGCGGCGGCGCAUCACGUUCACUCAACCGCAGUGAAAGUAGAGGGCGACAGCUGUGACGUUUCUCUGGUUAAAUCCUGUUUCUAAGUGUGGCUCGCUUGAAUAAAAGGAGAUUCACUAAAGACUAAGAGAUCAGUCAUUUUUGGAAACCUGUUAAACACAAACGGGUUGAUGAUUGGAGACCGUAGUAACUUCUGUCUGUGGAACAUUAUCCGGUAGUAGAAAUUAGUCUUCAGCUUUUGUUGAACUUGAGUCCUUGGCCCUCUGGCCGUAUGUCACGGGGUUCCCACGAUAAAAGAUGUUGACUGUGUUACAUCACAGGUGCAGGAGAAGUGUGGUGGGCCUGCUAACCUCCAGCUAGAAUUCCAGAGUAACUUUAAUUACUGUCAGAGUCUAAAGAGGACUCUGCAGCUCAAGUCAUAGUUUCCUCCCAGUGUUCUAUUUAAUUUUUUAAAAAUUGAUACGGAAAUGUCUAGACUAAUGUAUAAUAAUUUAUGACAAGUCUAUUCAUUUCUUCCUAUUAAAAAGGAUUACCUUAUCUCCACUAGGAAAUGUGAUUUUAUGGGCCUUUAAAAAAACUUUAUGAAACUUGACACUCUAAUUGUAUUGGUAUCUCAAGGGAAAAACAUGCUGGGCUUCAAAAACGGUAGGACUUGUUUGAAAUGCCACAAGGUGGCCACUAGAUGAUGCAACAUGCAGCAAAAGAUUGACAGAAGAAAAUCAAGUUUUUAAAGAAUAACCCUGUAAAGUUUGUGUGGGGUGGGUUUGGUUUGUUUUUUUUAAUUUAAAGUCAACUGUAUUUUACAUCUUCAAUUUCUAAAAGCAUUUUUAUAAUUAUUUUUAGAAGGGUUUUUUCUUAAGAUUUCAUAUACUGGUUUCUACAGUUUAUAUUUGAAAUUUCUCAGUGUUAUGUCAAGAGUGAGGGAAAGCAUUGAUUUGUUUCAAAACAUACUGUUUCUAGAACUUAAGCUUUGAGGUCCUUCCUUACCAUGUUGAUCCUACCCCACUGUCCUAGAAAAUCUAGUUUGAACUGUUUUCUUUGAGCAGGGAAGAAUUAGAGAAUCAUUUGUUUAUCUCUGAGUUACACUAAUUAACAGUGCCAAAACAGUUCUAUUCUUUUAAAAGAUAAAUUUUGUGAGAUAAUGGACGAAUCCAAGAACACGUCUGUCUGAACAACGGAUUGGAUCCGUGCCAGUCAUGACAGAAUUAUUUUUUUGACUUGGUAGCUUGAAAAAAUUGCAGAAUUGCAUUCAGUUUGGGCUUUGUAUAUUCAUAAAUAGCCAUGGAAAUUUAUAUUCUUAUUAGGUCAAAAAAUAAUGAACUGCAAGUCUAUAUCCUCUCACUUGGACGUUUUCUCUUUAAAAAGGUAUUUUUUUCUUGAAAAAAUUUUAAAAGAGCCUUCUCAGUCUAAUGCAUGUAUUAUGAAAAUAUUUUAAAAAAUAUUUUUACUGGUAUAACAACUCACGUAAACAUUGAAAAACUUGGUAACCUAUUAAAGGGACAGUGCUCCCAAAUGUUUCUGUUGUUUAAUACUUUGCUUUCCACCAAAAUAUCUUUACUGAUACACGCUUACUGUCCUGUGUUUUGUGUCUGAGUGCCAACCAUCUUCCUUCUUCAGGCAGGUGACCUGUGGGCAGGCAGAGCUUGAAGAUGAGUUGUAUUUGCAAAUCAAAUGGUCAAGUUUAUUGCAAUUUACAUAUGCCAGUAAUUAUUCCAUACUUUGUAAGCAUUUUAUAUUUCUCUACUGGACAAAUAUUUAGUUUUACAUUGGAUUUUGAACGGCAAAUGAAAAAUUAUGUAUCAUUUUAACAUAUUAAUAAGAGAAGAAGUCUAACACAUUAUAUUCUCAGCCGCUUAAAACUUCAUAUGCUUUCUGCAAGGGUUGAUUUCUAAUUACAUACAAAUUGUACAAACGCCAAGUGAAAGUCUGAUUUGAUGAAUAAAAUAUUCAAAACCUGAAGAUGACAAGUAUUUUUAAUGAGAAAAUCCUCAUUAAUUUGCCUAAGGAGAGAGUCUCUAUUCAAAGAUUUUUAGUGUUCAAAGUAAAGAUUUUUUGCUUUCUGAUUGUCUUUUGGACACGUGCUUGUUUUCUUUGGAGUAUGAAUUUUUAGUCUGUGAAAAAUGUAAUUCUGUCCUGCCAUAGUGUGUGUCUGCGUGCGUGCGUGUGUGUGUAUCACUGGGGAAAAAGACCUCUGUGGGAAACGCUUUGUUGGUAAUAAAUGCAUAUUUUCAUAUUC